UUCAGGCUAUACUUUCAAAUCCAACCUGCCAAGUUUCAGGCUUCAGAGUCAGCAUACAGAGAUAUCCAGCAGUGCUCAGACUCUGACAGGGCCUGAGGUCCCAGGUGAGGGCUGUGGGUGUGACAGGAGUAAGGCUGAUGGGGGCUGUGGGGAGUCCACAUGGAGGUCUUUGAUUCUCAGCCCAGCACUUUGGUGGGAGGCCCCUGAGUACAUGCCCUGCUGGGCUCCCGUGAGUGGGAUGACAAAGUGGCGAACCCUCUGUUCUCUGAGGGUUAGGAAUAAGAAGAACUUUGUUCCUCAGAAACAUAAUAGUGCUUUCCUACUCACCUUACCAUUAGAGCAGAGCCUAUGGAACAGAGAAAACAUCAAAGGAAGCCCAGGCACUUAGGAACUUUUGGCAAGGAGGUUGGAACUAAGUGUUCUAAUGAUACCAUAGAGGAGGAGACCAGAUAGCAAUGCCUCUUUCUCCCACCCAUCCAACCACCUCAGCACAGGGUCCCAUCAAACUCAGCGGACACUCCCUCCUCCCAGACUGAUCUUUACCCAGAAACCUUUCUAGCCUCUCCUCAUCUCUUGGCUGUCUUGGACUCAGGCAAAAAGAAUACCUGUCCCCAACCAGCUGUCUUCAGCUCCCAUCCUUCCUCCCAGCUGCCAGAGAAUUAUCAGGUCAGCCUGCUCCUUCUUUCCUCUCUUCAUCUUUUACUAGCAGAGAUUCCAGGGACCCAGGGAUAACCAAGGUCUUUUACCCAAGGACCAGUUAGAGCUCUUACUCUGCAAAUGUUGCAGCUCACAGAUUCUGCAGAGGCUGAGAUUCUGUGGUGGACCAAGGGAGCAGGAAAGGCUGAAGGUGGCUGGUUGGCUGGGUGGACUUAGGCAAGCGUCUUCUCUUUCCGGGUCAUGAGGACUGGGUUAUGGGUGAGAUGAUAUGUGAAGUACCGUUGGGUUGGGAAUGCUGGAGGCUCUGGGAUGGGGCAGACAGCCACUCUAGGCCCACUGCUGCCUCCAGCCACCUUAACUCUACCAGCAGGAGGAAUGGCACCAGCUGUGACCCAGCUCCUUUUCCUCCAGCUUGUUCUUGGACAAGCUGUUCUAGCUUGUUUGACUCUGGUCACAGACAUCAAGAUGCAGUUUGGCAUCAGGAACUUCCGUAUCUUAAAUGUCAACUAUCCCAAGGUUAUCCACCCAGAUGGUUUCCAGGUCUAUUGUAAUGGUCUGAUGGCCUAUGUGCGGGACAAGAUGCAAACUUCACAUUGCCCAAAGAUCCAUUAUGUGAUGCAUGCCCCUUGGAAAGUCAUCCAGAAGGUCUGCAAGCAAAGUGAGAGCUUCUGUGAGAACUACAAUGAAUACUGCACACUCACCAAGGAUGCCUUCCCCAUCACAGUCUGCUCCCUGAGCCACUGACAGCCACCCAUCAGCUGCUACUACAAUAGCACUGAAACCAACCAAAGGGCCCACCUACUCUGCUCCCGCAAGUAUGAGGCUGAGCCAAUAGAUAUCAUUAGUCUCUAUUAGGGCAUUUAG